GGCGUUGCACAGGAAGCAUGCAUGGCGUCCUUCAACCACAGGCGUUUGUAGUCAACGUUUUGGGUUCUUUUUCUACUUUAUUAUCUGUUUCUUUUAUCUAAAUGUAUAAAUACUCUCCAUAAUGGCAACCAGGACCAUAUGUCGAGUUUUCAAGCGCCGCUUCGCAUCCGCUGCAGAAGCUCUGCGUCUGUCGCCUGCCGAGAUACGCAGCGAGCGCAAUGCCAUAUUCUCCAGAGAGCAGGCCAGGCAACGAGCUGUGUACCCCCGUAUCGAGAAGAUAGAGGUGUCCAUGGAAGGCCCGGGGCUGGAUGGCACGCUGCUCAUCAUGAACAGAGGAAUGUCUACCCCACUGAGCUGCGCCAGACAUCUGACAGAGUAUCAUGUGACUAACUCGGCCUUGGCGCUGGUGGAUGGAGAACCGUGGCCGCUCCAUCAGCCCCUCACGCGCUCCUGCUCUCUCACCCUGCUCACCUUCAAAGAUGCUGACCCAACAAUUGUCAACCAGGCCUACUGGCGUUCGUGCGCCGCACUGCUUGGACAGGUGCUGGAGACGGCCUUCAAGGACGACUACACCGUGGAGCUGCUCAGUACACCAGAAGUCCCAGUUAUUUCAGGGGCCUUCUGUUGUGACGUGGUCCUUGACCCUCAGCUGGAUUCAUGGACCCCCUCUGAGGAGUCGUUGCGCUCCCUGUCCAAAGGAGCCCUGCAGCUGAUCCAUCAGGAUCUGGCCUGGGAGCCUCUGGAGGUGACGCCCCCCGUGGCCCUGGAGGUCUUCUCACACAGCAGGUGUAAAAAGGAGGAGGUGGAACAGAAAGCUUCACAAAGUCCCAACGGCACCGUGAUGCUCUACAGAUGUGGCGACCACGUGCUGCUGAGUGGGGGCCCCCUGGUGGCCAGAACGGGACUCUGCUUGCAGUAUGAGGUGACGGCUCUCCAUAGCCUGGGGCCGGGGCCCUGGGGGCCCCGCCGCAGAGCACAGGGCCUGUCUCUGCCUCUGCAGCUGCAGGCUCACCACACGGUCUGGAAGAAGCUGAGGCAUCGGGCACAGAAGCUGGUGGACGUGCCGGCGCCCGAGGAAGCAACUCCUCCACCUCCUCCUGACUCCCCUCAGCCUCCAACCGGCCAGUAACCUCCACCGUUUAACCUCCCACAUCCAACUGUACUUUAUGUUCAAUAAAUGUUGAAACAAAUCA